CCACGUUCCCCUCAAUCUCUCAGUCACCCACCCACUUUCUUCUCUCUCACUCCUACCGUUCUACGUUCCCCUCUACCUCUCAGUCACCCAUCCACUUUCCUUUCUCUCUCACUCAGCCACUUCUUUUCUCUCACUAUAUCUUAGACAGACAGAGUCAAAUGUACUGCUUAGUAAACGGAGCUGAGACUGAGAUCGAUGGCGAUACCGGAGCUUGCAAACGAUUUGGUAGAUGAAAUACUCUGUUGCCUUCCGGCCACAUCCCUGAAACGGUUACGAGCUACUUGCAAAAGAUGGAACCGUUUGUUCAAAGAAGAUAGGAAAUUCGCGAGUGAGCACCGGGAUAAAGCCGCAAAGGAGUUUCUAUUUCUCAUCAUGACAGAGAAGCAGAGGAUUUGUCCGUUGAGCAUAAUCAAUCUUGCACCACAACAUGGAGAUGAUGUUACUCCUCUUCCAUCUGUAGAGGUAAAAAGAGAGCUUAGCCUACCACAUCCGCGUUCCAACAAUAUACGUCAAUUCGAUAUGACGACCCAAGUCUUUCACUGCGACGGCUUAUUGUUAUGCGUCCGCGAUCUCAUCACCGGCCCCACCGCAUGCCACUAUGAAAUAGUGGUUUGGAACCCGUUUACUGGUCAAACCAGGUGGAUCGAAGCCGACAAUCGUUGGAAUCCAUUCAUUACAUUUGUUCUCGGGUACAACAACAACAAGUCCUCCUGCAGUCAAAGAAUUUUGUGCUUUGAUCCUGCUGGCAAAGAAACAGAAAUCUACGACCUUAACUCCUCUGAUUCGUGGAGGACUCUUGAUGAUGAUCUCACUCCACCAGGCUGGACCGCGGUGAUCGCUGAAGACUUCACGUCUUUGAAGGGAAAUAUCUACUUUUUUGCUAAGGAGGAAUCAGAACCGCAACUUGGCUUGUCAUUGCUCAGAUUUGAUUUCUCUACUGAGAAAUCAUCUCUGUUUGUGCCUCUUCCCUAUCAGCGUCCAAGGUGGGAAAUUUUGAGACUUUCUGCUGUUAGGGACGAGAAACUUUCCGUGUUUUUACAGCCCGCUGAUACAUCCAAGGCUGAGAUAUGGGUGACAAGUAAGAUUGAUGAUGACUCCACCAAAGCGGUGUCCUGGAACAAGGUCUUAGCAUUUGAUUUGAACCCUCAUCUUCAAAUUACUGAGCAUGUAACGUUUGUGCUUGACGAGGAUAAGAAAGUCGCCGUGUGUUGUGAGAGAUUGAUGGAUUACGACGACGAUCUCUGCAUCGAUAAGAUAUACAUUCUCGGCCAGGAUAAUCAAGGCAGUGAAUUUGGUUUUGAUCCGCUUGUUCCAUAUCAGACAGGACCUCGGCCAGUUCCUCUUAAUUACGUUCCAAGUUUGGUCCAAAUCGAGCUACCUGCUGGAGACUAAAAACAACCUCUACAAGAUGUGGUCUUGUAGUGUUUCUUGCUUGCUUUAAACACAGUUUUUUUUUAAGUAUUAUUAUGGUCUAAACAUGUCUCGUACAGCAUAUGUCUAACAAAUAAGUGUUAUGUCUUACACGAAUCUACAAACAAAAUAGAGACUUUUAAAAAUGUUUGCAAAGUGAUUUGAUACA